UCGUUGAAUUAGAACGACUCGACGAGACUUGCUCUUUCAGACUUGUUUUUACUCAUACGCAUGGGAAAGUCCUUCCAGAGUGUAAUUUUAACUCUGAACAUCGUCGAGGCUGUCACGCAAAGACGUAAAACAUUCUGUCAGUCUUGCAAGAAGAAGUGCAGCGGGGAGGUACUACGAGUGCAGGACAAGUAUUUCCACAUAGGGUGUUUCAAGUGCGCUCAGUGCAACACGAGCUUAGCGCAGGGUGGCUUUUUCGCUCGCGAGGGCUCUUACUACUGCACCAAGGAUUACAGGGAACGCUGGGGCACAAAGUGUGCAGGAUGUGGUGAAUACGUGGAGGGCGACGUGGUCACCGCAGGAGACAAGCACGCUUUCCAUCCUAAUUGUUUCCACUGCCAACGAUGCAGACAGCCGUUGCUCGGCCAGGGGACCAAAGUCUCCCUCGUUCAAGGUCAAGCUCUGUGUCAUCGAUGCAUCGGUAUCCCGGUUCGAGAGGCCUCGACGCCGGUCGGCAAUAACUCCGCUACCAGAGGAGCCGGAGACGGGCCCUCUGACCCCGGUGCCUGUGCUGGUUGCGGAAACCAAUUACGGGAAGGUCAGGCUUUGGUCGCUCUUGAUCGACAAUGGCACGUAUGGUGCUUCAAAUGUCACAGCUGCGACACCGUGCUCCAUGGAGAGUACAUGGGCAAAGACGGGGUGCCUUACUGCGAGAAAGAUUACCAGAAGCAGUUUGGCGUGAAAUGUGCCUACUGCAAUCGUUACAUAAGCGGGAAGGUGCUGCAGGCCGGCGACAAUCAUCAUUUUCAUCCGACCUGUGCUCGUUGCACCAAGUGCGGCGAUCCUUUCGGUGACGGAGAGGAGAUGUACUUGCAGGGGGCCGCCAUUUGGCACCCGCGUUGCGGACCAGGCCCUAGCGGUCCAAAUGGUAUCGUGAAUGGUCACGGCGAAGCUCACACACCGCAGCAUCGAGAGUCAGAGCGGAUUUCCAGCAGCGCUUCGGAGAUGCAGUUUUCAUUGCGGUCACGCACGUCAAGCCUGAACGGAUCACUCUGCAGCCCUUACAGCAGCCUCAGUCGUAAGUAUUACCCCGCGCGAACUGGCAGUCCUGGACUGAUAUUGAGAGAGUACGGACGCGGUCCAUCCGAAGAUGUAUCUAGGAUUUAUACUUACUCGUAUUUGACUGAAACGCCGAGCCAAGGGUACUUGAGACGUCCGAUACAGCCGUACGACAAACCUCCGACUAGCCCACACUUUCAUAGACCUAGCUCGUCACGUUCGAUAAGAAGCAGUGGCGGACGCAGCAGCCGAUCUGGAAUGCGUGCUCUGGUCGAUGCUCUCAGUGAGACCAGACCGAAGUCACCGGCCAGUCAAGUAGAUAAUGAUGAGCCAAUAGAGCUGGCGCAUUACCCGGAUGCCAUGAAACCUCCUCCUGGAGCCAAACCGCCGAUCGAGAGGGACGAUUUCCCUGCUCCGCCUUAUCCGUACACAGAUCCUGAGAGACGUAGACGAUGGUCCGACACUUACAAGGGGGUACCUGCAUCAGAUGACGAGGACGAAGUGGACAACAAAACGUACAUAAAAGAAGUAGAGGAGAAACUAAAGAAAGAACAGGACGAGCUAAGCAAAAUCGACACUGGGAUAGCGAAGGUAUUUCUGCAAGAUCGUGAAAAAGAUCGAGAAAAUUUGAGACACAAAGCCGCGAACGUCGAUCCUAGAAACGCAUCGAGAACACCAUCCGCAGCCAGAGAACCGACUUACAGACUGCGAUACGAAAGUCCCGUUGGCGCUUCGCCAUCGAGAAAUAUAGAUCACGCCAGGCCGUGGGAAGAUGACGAUGGUUUCAGUUACAGAUCAAGCGUAGGACCCAGUUACAACGGUAAGAGGGCAUCGGCCGAUCAAUAUUUUCCUUUGAAAAUUCGCAGGACGACCGAACGGACAACCUAUUCCCUGCCAUUUUUCCAUACUUAA